AUGCCGUUGUUCAACUCUUUGAGUCGAUCGACUCAGUCGGUGGAGCGAUCGACUGAGCAAUCUUCGGAAGUCGUUACUACUGUCAAUUUGAACGGCCAUGAGGAAUCUACUUUUACGGAGUCUCACUCCGAGAACUAUGUUUCCGAGAAGGGCCUUACCAAUGCACAGACUACGUCUUCUGAAGAUAACACGCCUGUUGAACAACAGACCACCGUUGUGAACGAGAAGGGCCAGGUCGAUCCUGAGAGUGCCACUCCUCCUCCCUCUUCUCAAGAUGAUAAUAACAAUGAACCUCGUUUCGUGGCUCCCGACGAGAACACCCAGCGUGGUGUUGCCGAUAUGGAGGCUGUGACCCAGACUUGGAGCAGACGAUCUCUGAUCAUGUUAUUCGCGAACAUCUGGCUACUUUACUUCAUAAAUGCCUUCCAGGGUUCCGUAUUGGGCAACUUAACGCCCUACCUGACCAGCGAGUGGGACGCCCACUCUCUGUUGAACGUCAUCUAUAUUGUUUCGUCCGCUGUGUCUGCUGCUUGCUACAUUCCUCUCGGCAAGAUGAUGGAUCUAUGGGGUCGUGCCGAGGGUUUUGCUUUCAUGGUCUUCUGCUCUACCAUCGGCCUCAUCAUAAUGGCUGCUUGUAGCAAUCUUCCUACCUUCUGCGCUGCCUAUGUUUUUUACAACCUUGGCUUCAGUGGUAUGACCUUCUGUGUUGAUCUAAUGACUGCCGAUGCGUCCAUGCUGAAGAGUCGAGGUCUCGCUUAUGCCUUUACUUCUUCUCCCUAUAUCAUCACUGCCUUCGGUGGUUCCAACGCUGCCAAUGAUAUUCUUAACCAGAUCGGUAUGAAGUGGGGUUUCGGUGUAUUUGCUAUUGUCUUCCCCAUUGUCGCUGCUCCGCUGUAUAUCCUCUUGAAAUACAACAUCCGCAAAGCUGUGAAGGCUGGUCACGUCGUUAAGCAGCCCAGUGGCCGCACCAUCUGGCAGAACAUCAAGUUCUAUGUUAUCGAAUUCGAUGCUCUCGGUGUCUUCCUUUUCUCCGCCGGUCUCGUUCUCUUCCUCCUCCCCUUCGAUAUCGCUAACAGUGCCCCGAACACAUGGGCCACUGGCUACAUUAUCGCGAUGCUGGUUGUUGGUUUCAGCCUCCUUUUCAUCUUCAUCAUUUACGAAUGGAAGUUCGCUCCUAAGCGUCUCUUUGAGUUCAAGUUCCUUUGGAACCGUACUGUGCUCGGUGCCUGUUUGCUGGAUGCAACCUACCAGCUCUGCUACUAUUGUUGGGACAACUACUUCACCUCGUUCCUCCAGGUCGUCAACGACCUUGGCGUUGCCGAGGCCGGAUACGUCUCCAGUAUCUUCGAUAUCGUCUCCGGUGUCCUGCUUUUGGGUGUCGGUUUCCUGAUCCGCCGCUCUGGCCGCUUUAAGUGGCUCCUCUGGAUCGCCGUGCCCCUAUACAUCUUUGCCCAGGGUCUUAUGAUCUACUUCCGUCGCCCCAACCAGUCCGUCGGCUACCUUAUCAUGUGCCAGGUCUUCAUCUCCAUCGGUGGUAGUGUAUUCAUUAUUGUCGAGCAGCUCGCCAUUCUGGCUGCUGUUGACCACCAGCAUUUUGCUAUUGUUCUGGCCCUGCUGAACGUCGUCGGUACCAUCGGUGACGCGAUGGGAGCUACCAUCUCCGGUGCUAUCUGGCAAAAUACCUACCCCAAUGCUCUGCGUAUGUACCUGCCCGAGUCAGCCAUGGACAAUUUUGACAGCAUCUACGAGAACCUCGAUACCCAGCUCAGCUACGCGGUCGGCACCCCCACUCGCAUUGCUAUCCAGCAAGCGUACGGAUAUGCCCAGACCAGAAUGUUGGCUGUCGGCACUGGUCUUAUGGCUCUGGCCUUUAUCUGGACCAUGAUGAUCCGCAACAUCGAUCUCAAGGCUGUGCCCCAGGUUAAGGGUAUGGUCUUCUAG